CUACCUGUUUUCUCAGGGUGGGUGGGGGUGCUCUUUGACCCGGAAGAGCAGGACGACGCUGGGAUUCUUGGGGCUGGAGGAUAUAGUCGUUGUUUCCAGUUAAAUUCCGGCAUUGAGUGGAAGCGGGAUGAGGAGAGGGGAGUGGUGAACUGUACAGGUGGUUGCUAUGAUUCCAACUAAGUAAAUGGAGUGAAACAGCGAUGGGCAGUCUCAAUGAUCCAGAAGAUACAUAUAUUGCAGUGAUUCGUCCUAAGAAUGCUGCUAGUUUGAAUUCUCGUGACUAUCGAACAAAAUCGUAUGAAAUUCUGCUGCUAGAGUUGCAAAACGAAGGUAAGGAAAAAAAGAGGAAGAAAGUUUUGUUACAAACAAAACUGAAGAGGGAUGAAAAUAAAGGCCAGGACAUUCUCAACUUUGUAGUUGAAUCUACCAAACUGAUGUCUCCAAACAACCAAGGAGUCAAAGGCAAACGAGUGGUGUUGAUAAAAGAAUUUCCUGUUCAGGGCGAGAAUGCUUGCAGAGCAGCUGCACUUUAUGUUGUACCAGCAGCGGUUAAAGACAACAGUAAGAUACCCUAUUGCCUUGGAGCACCAAGUUUUUACUGCUUCCAGGAUAUUAUGCGUGUGUGCAGUGAAUCCAGCGCUCAUUUUUCUACACUCAGUGCAAAAAUGCUCAUCGCCUUGGACAAGUGGCUGGCAGAUCAGCACACCAUCUCCCAUGCUAUUCCAGGUCUUUUUAGACCAUCUCCUCUUGACAGAAUCAAAUCAUGCGUUGCAAAUCCUGCCUACAUCAAAGAAAUGGAGCCGGAAAAUACACUGCAUGUGGGCUACACUGCUUUGGAGAUAAAAAGCAAAAUGUUGGCGCUGGAGAAAGCUGACCUCUGUAUCUACAAUCCUCUUUUUGGAUCAGACCUACAGUACACAAAUAGGGUAGAUAAAGUGGUUAUAAAUCCAUACUUUGGCCUGGGAGCUCCUGAUUAUUCCAAGAUACAGAUUCCAAAACGUGAAAAAUGGCAGCGUAGUAUGAGCAGCAUAAUGGAGGACAAGGAGCGACAGUGGGUGGAUGAUUUCCCCCUUCAUCGUAGUGCCUGUGAAGGUGAUACAGAUUUACUGAGCAAACUUCUAGACAGUGGGUUUUCAGUUAAUCAGUUGGACAGUGAUCACUGGGCUCCUAUUCAUUAUGCUUGUUGGUAUGGAAAGGUUGAAGCUACCCGUUUCUUAUUAGAAAAGGGAAAAUGUAAUCCCAACCUUCUAAAUGGACAGCUCAGUUCCCCACUUCAUUUUGCAGCUGGUGGAGGACGUGCAGAGAUCGUGCAACUUCUACUGCAGCAUCCUGAGAUUGAUCGGCAUAUUGUGGAUCAACAAGGAAGGACAGCAUUGCAGGUCUGUAAAGAGAACAAACAGAAUGAUUGGGAAACAACAGUACAACUCCUUAAUGAUGCAUUGAAUAAACCAUAUGAGAAAAUUAGAAUUUAUCGUACCGAUGGGUCUUAUCGUGCUGUUGAGCUGAAGCACGGCAACAAUACCACAGUACAGCAGAUUAUGGAAGGAAUGCGGCUGUCACAGGAAACACAACAGUACUUCACAAUCUGGAUCUGCUCUGAGAACCUCAGUUUGCAGCUCAAACCAUACCAUAAAUCACUACAGCACCUACGAGACUGGCCAGAAAUAGUUGCGGAAUUGACGAGCCUCGAUCCGCACUUGGAAAAACCACAACUUUUCCUGCGCAGGGAUGUGCGUCUUCUACUAGAGACUGAAAAGAAGGUGGAUGAUCCAUUGGCUAUCCUUAUUCUGUUCGAUGAAGCACGUAGUAGCCUGCUGAAAGGAUUAUAUCCAUGUGCUGACACUCAAUUGAUAACGUUGGCUGGUCUCCUCCUUCAAAUCAUCUAUGGAAAUUAUGAAAGUAAAAAACAUAAGCAGGGAUUCCUCAAUGAAGAAAAUCUCAGGUGUAUAUUACCGUGUACCAAACUGAAAAGCAAGGCCCCGCAUUGGAUUGGUAGGAUUCUACAUGAAUACAAGAGUCUUAGCAGCCGGGAAGGAAUCAGUAAAGAGAUGCACCAUCUUCAACGUCUUUUCCUGCAGAUUUGUUGGGAAUUUCCAACUUAUGGAGCAGCCUUUUUCACAGGACAAGUAUAUACUAAAGCAAGCUCAAGUAGUCAUAAAGUCGUCAAGGUAUACGUUGGUGUAAACACGAAAGGUCUCCAUCUGCUAAAUAUGGAAACUAAGGCUUUGCUGAUUAGCCUGAAGUAUGGCUCCCUCAUGUGGCAGUUGGGUGAAGCAGAUGCCUACUUUCAAAUUCACAGUUUGGAAAAUAAAAUGAGUCUUGUAGUGCACACAAAGCAGGCUGGUUUAGUUGUGAAAUUGCUGAUGAAGCUAAGUGGCCAACUGAGUGUAAAUGAAAGAAAUUUGACAGAGAGACAUGGAUAUGGGUAACCAUUAAAUAUCAGGAUAUUACAUUGACCAGAAAUUUUUGUUGAACUGAAAAGCUUUGGAUUAUUAAGAAGCUAAGAAAAAAUGCCACUCUUUCUAAAUUAGCAUGGAUUUUGUUGUAUAUUUGUAUGAUAUUGAAGAAUCAUGUAUACCUUACUUGAUGUAUUUCUUCUUAACAAAAGCUUAGUACAGAUUAAGUGUCUGUGAUAAUUGCCUGAUUGCUUUGCUAAAGAAGUAAUAGUUUUAUUUUGUUCUUAGAGCAAAAUCUAGCCUUGGAGUAUGCAUUACUGUGAUAGCUGUGCUGUUCGUACAUUUUAUAAAACAUUUUAGAAAAGCAUUGUAAUAUUGUAUCAUUUAUUUUUUGCUAUAAAUUAAAAGAACACCUUUUUAA